CUGACCGUGCAGUGCAUGCUGCCAGCCAGCCUUGUUCAACACGCUUUCUCCAUUCAAAACAAUUCCCUUUGUUCCUGUCUACCCAGUCCAUAUUCAGUUUGCAACCCCGGUUCAGAUCGACUGCAUAAAUCAUUCGCCCUGUCCUUCCCUCCCUUGUUGCGCCCGCGCAUACAGUAUCUAAUCGAUCUCUCUUCGGCUCCGAAAUCCGGGGAAGCUUUCCUGCCCAUUGCAAUCGACUAGUCAAUCGUUUCGCGACCACUCUCCUCAACCGGGCUCUUAUCCUGUCACCAGAACCGCAGCGAGCGAACAUCUCGAUCUUCACUUCCCUGGUACUACAACUCCGAUCUUGCAGAGGUCACCACCGAUGCGGUACCCCCUUGUCACCCUCGCUGCCGCCACGACCUCCUCCGCCUCCGCCUCCGCAUCCACUGCUCUCAUGAAGCCACCCUCGAUCAUUCUACAUUCGGGUCCUAAUUUGCUGCUGCGUGUUGAAUCAUGUCCGACUCAGUGGAUCGCGUCUUCGUCCACGCACUUAACACGGUCAAACGGAUCCCGCGCACGGGGACGGCACGCCCACCCGCUUCGGAGCGAUUAAAGCUGUAUGGGUUGUAUAAACAGAGCAUGGAAGGGGAUGUUGAAGGUGUUAUGGAACGUCCUGUUGGAAAUACUCCGGAUGUGUUUAUGGAGUGUGAGAAGUGGGAUACAUGGUACGCCCAGCGCGGCCUGUCUCGCACCGAGGCCAAACGCCGCUACAUCUCCACCCUGAUCGAGACAAUGCACCAGUACGCGUCGCAGACGGCCGAGGCCCGCGAGCUGGUCGCCGAGCUGGAGUUCGUCUGGGAUCAGAUCAAGUCCAACACGGCGUCGUUGGGGUCGUCGUCGGACAAUGGGUCGUCGUCGCGCCGGGAGUUGGAGGCGGCGCAGGGGUUACUGGCGGACGCUUCGGGGGUGGCCCGACGGUUGUCGCGCGAGGAGUAUGCGAGGUUGCUUCUCGCUGCGUCGGCCGGGGAGGAGGCGGAGCAGCAAGUAGCAACUGGGUCGCGUGCUGGGCGUGAGCGCGCACGGGAGGGGACGUCUGGGUUGCGGGUAUUGAGUCCUGUUAGUCAACCGAGUCAGCCGGGAGUGUAUUCCCGACAUAGUAGUUAUGAGGACAAGAGGGAUAAUGUGCCUGUACGGGAUGGGGAUGAGGACGAGGAGGAUGAGGAGGAGGAGGUGUACGCCGAGGCCCAGGAUAAUCUCUACGAAGACGACGACGACGACGACGACGACGACGAAGACCACCAACACCAAGACCAGAACGAUUACCCACACCAGCAACAUCAUCACCCCUACGAAACCGAACCUCCUGAUCCCGCAUCCCCCCGAAAAGCGUCACGCUCCUGGCGUCGCCGCGUCGAGCAGGCCUUGACGUCGAUGACGGCCGAGAUCGCCGCCGUGCGCGAGCAAAUGGAGGCCCGCGCGCGGGCCCAGCGCCGCCGCUCGGGCGUCUGGGCCUGGCUGCGCUGGUUUCUGUGGGUGUGCUUCCGGCAGCUCAUGGUGGAUCUUGCGCUGCUGGGAGUACUGUUGGUGUGGAUGCGCCUCCGCGGGGACCGACGGCUGGAGGUGGUGCUCAAGGUCGGGUGGGCGGAGGUGAAGAGUCGGUUGGCGAGGGCCAAGGUUUGGCGGAGGAGGGGGUUACCUCGCGGUGGUGGUGGUGGUGGUGAUUGAGUCUUGGUGUUGAGGUUGAUGUGGACACUAUGUAUCACUUUUCUCUCCUUUGGUGUUGGGCUUGAGUGACGUUUCCUAUGUUCUCGUACAUAUAUUCUUGAUGUCAUAUUGCACGUUCACGCAUGCGUGGACAUGCUCUUUUUUUUCUUUUUUCUGUUCCCUUUUUCUCCCCUUUUUUUCUUCCUCCAUCGUUGGGGCUUGUGGCUCGCAUUCGCGGGUCAGUAUUCUGUUAUCGGCAUGUCGGCAAGCCAUGCACUGUAUACUGUAUAAUACACCGAACCAGCUUACGAAGUG